AGGCUGGAAGAGAAGAGAAGAGAAGAGAAGAGAAGAGAAGAGAAGAGAAGAGAAGAGAAGAGAAGAGAAGAGAAGAGAAGAGAAGAGAAGAGAAGAGAAGGAGAACUCUUUAACAAGAAGAAUAAGAAGAAUGGGAUAGAAACAGCAAAGGGAAAAACAAAAGUUCUAGUUGAGAUGGACUGAGGCGAGCCAGAGAUACAGAAAGGACAUACUAGUGGAUAGACAUGGGCAGAGAGCGACUCACCCGGGGAUUGUUGCUGCGUUUGGUUGUUCUGCUCACUGCUGUGUGUGUGUGCAUUCAUGUUUACCUGGAGACGCGUUGGCGGGAAGCACCUGCACCCCUGGGACGUCCCACCCAGUCUAGUCAGAACUGGGGCCAACAAAGCAGAACAAAACCAGAUGUGGAGGAGCAGGACAGAAGCAUCAAAAGGAGAAUCUCUUAUGUUCGGACGCUAAAGAAGGACAGCCAAGCUAAGAAGAGGGACAUAAACAGAGAGGACCCCUCACCACCAUGCUGCCCACCUCUCCGCCCGCACAGAAAGACUCCUCGGUGGCAUAUAGACUUGGAGCACUGGGCCGGUGAGAGUCAUUCCCUGGAGGAUGAAGCUAAAAGGUUCCUCAACUACAUCACAACACCACAAUGGUGGAACGUAAUGGAAGUGACGUGUGCAUCAUUGGCCCGUGAGGAAGCUGCUCAAGAGGGGACCAAAGGAGCCUGGGCUGCAUGUGUGGACCCCAAGUACAGCCUGACCCACAGAAUACAAAGCAAACACUGCAGGGUUUACUCUUUUGGGUUGGGUGUGGACGAUCGGUCCCUGGAGCGUUCUCUCGCCAGGGCAGGAUGUGAGGUCCACUGCUUUGAUCCCAGUCUGAAGCAGUCUCACCUGCAGCAAGCUGAAAUGUGGCUUCAUCGGCUCUCUGUAGACUGGAGGGAUCCCAACCCGGCCAUUGUCGCCCAGCGUCAGUACGCCAACACCAAAAAACUGGCCACCAUCCUUAAUGACUUUGGACACAGACAGGUGGAUGUAUUGAAGGCGGAUAUGGAGAGUGCAGAGUGGAAGAUUUUGGAGAAUUUCAUCCUGGAAGGAGUUCUGGACUCAGUGGGUCAGCUGUUGUUGGAGCUUCACCUGCACUGGGCGGGCUUUGAAGUGGGUGGCGAUGACCCAUCCGUGGUGCGGUACUGGUUCAGCCUGCUCAAGGAGCUUGAGCACGCCAACUUCCGCCUUUUCCACGUCCACAGCGACCCUGCCAAACCUCACCUCUUUCUGCAUAAGAAUGUCCUCAAUGCCAGCAGUGCUUACACCCUGAGCUGGGUGAACACAGAGUGGAAGCCUUGAGGGAAGCCAGACUGGGUGACUUAUCUUGGCUGGAGCAGCCUCUGAAUGGAAAUGUACAAGUUUAUGUAACAGUUUUAAGUCAGAGCACACAUUCUUGCUAGAGCACGGCUGCUCUUAUCUGGCCCGACCUUUGUGCAAAGCUGAAAUCCCUGCUCCUACUUAUCCUCCUGCUCUUCCUCUCCUGGCCUGUAUUGACUUCAGCCGUGUAGAGGGGCAGAGUAAUUGCUUCAGGAGGCAAUCUGUGUUCUACCUCAUAGUGGCGAUGUUGUUGGCUGCAGGUCAGCAUCUGAGUCACAAUCACCCCUGUCAUCAUAGUCCGAUCUGAGCUUGGCUCACAGCCAACCUUUCCAGAUUACAGUAGUGUGCAAAGGCCCACAGUCCUCUCAAUGGAACAUGAAUUAAGGACAAUUGAUAGAUGGUGUUGAAGAGGGUAAGUAGAUGAAAGAUCCUGCCUCAUUGACAGUAAGUGGAAAUUUGUGGGAGGCAAUUGGAGCUGCUUAAACAGAAUGAGCAUGUGCAGAGGAAUGGAUAAUAAAGAUAAAGAGAUGGGCUCUGACUGGACAAACAGACGCUUCCCUGAAGUUGAACCCAGAUUUAAUUGUAUCUUGAACACAAAACGUGACAAUAAUGUGAAGAACAUAACAGAUGUCUCUAGAUUUGUUCAUUGUGUUUGUUGGAUAUUUGAAUGAGGAUGUGUGGGCGAGUGUGUGGGAAAAAGACAAAGGAAAGAUGAACUCCAAUUACUUUUUUCUCCAUAUUGCAGUUGUUUGGUUUAUAAUAGAAAACAAUUAAGCAUUUUGUGUAACUGUCAGUUAUUUUCCUCCUUCAGUUUUUUUCAGGUGUUCAAUUGGACUCAGUCCACUAUCUGCUGCACCAUAACUUGCACUGAGCUGAAAAUGUAUCCACAUUCAAAAAUUAUCCAAUUAAUGUAAUUUGCCAAAUAUGUCAAUGCAGUUUAAUAAAGAAAGGAAAAAAGAAA